AUGACUGACGCAUUUGGUCUGAUGGAUCAAGAUCGCGAUGGACAAGUCAGUUUAGAAGAUCUCAAGGAAGUUUUUUCGUCGUUAGGCAAAGCACCCAAAGACGCAGAAUUGAAAGCGAUGAUAGAUGAAGCGGGUGGUCCACCAAAUUUCACCAAAUUAUUGACAAUGUUCGGCGAGCGACUAGGCGGUACGGAUGCCGAAGAUGUGUUAAUGAAUGCUUUCAAGAACUUUGAUGAAGAAAAGAAAGGGACAAUUGGUAGAGAUGCGCUACGAGAACUGUUAACGAGCAUUGGUAAACCAGAAGAUCUUCUCUCAGAUAUGGAAUUUAAUCAAAUGUUAGAAGGUGCACCGGUGGAUGCAAAAGGACUAUUGGAUUAUCAAGCGUUUACGAAACUGAUCAAACGUGGCAAAGAAGAUGAAUGA